AUGCGUCCCGAUCGUGGUGCGAAUGGCUGGAGCAGGAGGAGUGGCUUGAUCCGCGCCCUGAGCUGCGGAACCGUGGCGCUGACUUGCGGAUGGGCCGGGCACAGCUACCAUGCCAUGAUUCAACGCAGCAGCAAGAGCAACGGCAAGAACCUGCUCUUGAGAGUUCAAGAACCAACGAUAGCCAAGUCGGGAGAACCAGCAGCACCAGUGUCAUCGGGGGAAGGGGCCACUACUUCACGGGCACCGUGGGACCCGCAAGGAUGUCAGACGAUACUGUUUUUCCACAUCCCGAAAACGGGAGGCGAGUCUAUCAACCAGCUCCGUCCGGGGGUACCGUGGUGGAAGAGCGCCUACGACUGGAGCAGCUUUAGAAUAACCGGGCUUGAGCUGACGGAGCAAACAAAUCACUUGAAGAGCAUGUGA